AUGCAUAAACAUGUAUUCCUUCGUAUCAUUAAAGAUCUUGGUCAACAUGAUGAGUAUUUUUGGCUUAAGGUUGAUACAACUGGUAGAUCUAGUCUUUCACCACUGCAAAAGUCCAUUGUAGUUAUUCGUAUGCUGACAUAUGGAUCAUCUGCUGAAAGUGUAUAUGACUAUUUGAGAAUUGGUGAAACAACAACACUAAAAUGUGUUGAUAAGUUUACAAGAGGUGUUAUUAGUGUAUUUGGGCCACAAUAUCUGCGAAAGCCAGCUAUUAAAGAUGUCAAAUAUCUGCUGCAAAUGGGGGAGUCACGUGGCUUUCCAGGGAAGUAUGUCCAAGGUGGUCAUGGUAAGCCUACCAUUAUGCUUGAAGCAAUGGCUUCACAAGACCUAUGGAUCUGGCAUGCACUCUUUGGGGUAGAUGGUUCAAAUAACGAUAUUAAUGUGUUGAACCAAUCUGAUGUCUUCAAUGAUGUUAUGGAAGGGCGAGCUCCCGAGGUCCAUUAUUCAAUUAAUGGCACUGAAUACAACAUAGGUUAUUAUCUAUCAGACUGCAUUUAUCUUAAAUGGUCAACAUUUGUGAAAAGUAUCUCAAUGCCACAAGGGGAUAAGAGAAAAUUAUUUACCCAACAUCAAGAAGGUGCAAGAAAGGAUAUUGAACGAGCAUUUGGAGUUCUCAAAUCCCGAUUUGGGAUCAUACGUAACUCAGCUCGACCUUGGCACUUAGAUGCACUGAAGCGCAUAAUGGAUACGUGUAUUAUACUCCACAACAUGAUUGUUGAAGAUGAACGUGCCACAUAUGGUGGAAAUUUAGAUUAUUCUAAUGAGCAUUCAGGCAAUGACCCGACUGCACCAUCAAAUGAUUCUAAUAAUGAUUUUCAGGAGUUUUACGUAGAAGACAUCAUGUUCGUGACAAGGAAACUCAUUGACACCUUCAAUAAAACUUGA